AUGCUUCAGGAGAUCAACCCUGAGGGUAAGGUGAUCAUUGGUGGCGACACUGGAGAUGACAUCAUCCAAAUGGUGUUCCGCGCAGAAUUGAGAUCACUGAAGAAGAUAGGCUCAGUAGGGGACACCCUCACAGAGAUGCAGAGACGGGUGUCAGCAAAUCCUAUGGACAAGGUUGCAGGCUUGAUAUACCGUCUCAACCCACAGUAUAUCACAAUAUAUGAUGCAAAGCAAUCGGAAGAGAGCUCAUGGGAAGACCUUGUGCACGCCAUGGACUAUUUGAUUCGGAUAAGGUUGUUCUACUGCUACCCUCAGCCGGGCGAAGGAAACACAUAUUGGGGACCAUCAUGGACGCAAGUGAUGAACGCGAAAUUCGUUUUGUUGGGAGAUCUUGAAUGGCCAGCGGAGGUGUAUCGGACAGAAGAGACAGAUGCUGACUGGCAUCAGGGACCCUGUAUCGACUCAGCUUCUGUGCAGGGUUUGGCUAACUCAUCAAACAAUACAAAGCGUCGGCAAGGAAAGCACAGGCAAUGCUUUAUUUCGGAAUGGCUGGAGCUAUUUUUGGGUGGUCGGACAGCCAAGACGGAUGGAAUGUUUGAGAAAUUGUCGGUGCUGGAGAUGGCAAACCUGGAUGAGGCACAUAAGCUUUAUAAACUUGGAAUUAUUCAAGGUCCUGCUAAAACAUUCCUUCGAUGA